UUCAUUGCUUAGCGCAACUUCGGAUUCAGAACAUACAUUUCUGUUUGUCACCGCCACUCAUUUUUCACCUCGCCCAUUUUUUGGUUUUUCCUGGGAAAAAAGGCCGGAAAUCCUUUUCAGUUCCAUUUUAUUAUCACAAAAGUUUGUCGUUUCUGUCCAUUUUGAACAAUGACGGAGGAGCAAUUGAACCGAGCGUUGGACUUAAUGCGACGUCUCCCUCCCCAGCAAAUUGAAAAAAACCUGAGUGACCUGAUUGACCUAGUUCCUGAACUGUGUGAGGAUCUUCUAUCAUCAGUGGAUCAACCACUUAAAAUUGCACGUGAUAAGAGAGAAGGAAAAGAUUAUCUUCUCUGUGAUUAUAACCGUGAUGGAGAUUCUUAUCGUUCUCCAUGGAGCAACACCUAUGAACCACCUCUUGAAGAUGGAACACUGCCCACAGACAGGCUGCGUAGAUUGGAAGUAGAGGCCAAUGCUGCAUUUGAUCAAUACCGUCAGAUGUAUUUUGAGGGUGGAGUCUCCUCUGUGUACCUAUGGGACCUGGAUCAUGGAUUUGCUGGAGUCAUUCUUAUAAAACGAGCUGGUGAUGGCGCUCGAAAUAUUAAAGGGUGCUGGGAUUCGAUUCAUGUCAUUGAAGUGCAAGAAAAGUCUACCGGCCGUUCGGCUCACUAUAAGCUUACGUCGACAGUCAUGCUAUGGCUGCAGACCAGUCGUCCCGGUUCCGGAACGAUGAACCUUGGUGGAAGUUUAACGCGUCAGAUGGAGCAAGACGGAACAGUAAGCGAGCCUACGUCGCACAUCGUAAACAUGGGUCGUCUUGUCGAAGAUAUGGAGAACAAAAUUAGGCACACUUUGAAUGAAAUUUACUUCGGUAAGACUAAGGAUAUUGUCAACGGGCUGCGUUCCAUUCAGCCUUUGGCCGAUCAAAAGCAAAAGCAGGCUUUCAGCGAAGAUCUGGCUAAUGCUUUGCAGAAAAGACAAGGAAAAAGCGAUCCUUAACUGAUACAUAAUAUUAUAAAUUGCAUUUUCCUAUUAUUUCCCUUAUUCAACCAAGUUUUUCCCCUCCUGUAAAGUAUAACAUCCAUUACCCAAUCAAGUUGUUGCCCGUUUUGCUUCAAUUCACAUGUUGAGUGAUUGGAAAAUAAAAGUUUGAAGUAAAA